AUAAACGUUUUAUAGCGGCAGGGUGCGCUGUACGAAGUGAUGCAGGCGUGAGUCGUGUUGUUGUUUAUGUGAAAUUGACGAUUAUUGGAAGUUAUGAUGAGGUUUUACGUGAGGGAGGCGACAUGUUGCCUUUAUAGAAGGAAAAAUAUUUUAGAUGGGAUUAGGCAGAAAUAUCUCUGUACAUUGACUAACGAAGAAGUCCGCGAAAAACGAAACAAAAUAUUCGAGAAGGAGAAGGCGCGGCAGCGGGCUCUGAUAACUAGAGUAGAAAAAAUAGAAGUGAACUACGUCGGAGUGCCAGAAGAAUGUACUCUACUGAUGAAUAAAAAUAUAUCCACGCCUUACGACUGUACCAUGCAUGUUAGCGAAAUGUUGAGAAUCAGAUCCAUUAUUCCACUCGUUAACAAUGAGUUGUGGGACAUGCACAGGCCGUUAGAAGAUGACUGUACGCUAGAUUUUUUGCAUUUUAAAAUCGAAGAUCCUCAUGAAGUGAACAAGGCUUUUUGGAGAAGUUGCAGUUUCAUGCUUGGUAUGAUUAUCGAAAGGGCGUUCAAAGACAAUGUCUAUGUGCAGUUGCAUAGCUGGCCAAGACCUGAUGGUAAGGAAUAUCAAGUAACAUUCAUAAGUUUGUUUGAGAAUUAA